CACCCUUGAGAUUGCGUUUGUCUAUUGAAUUUCCUAGUACAAACUAUUUCCCAGAAAAAUGUCUUCAGGAUGCAGCUGCGGUUCUGGAUGCAAAUGCGGCGACAGCUGCGGAUGCAGCAGGAACCUUAACUUGGAAUCCUCAGAGAAGACCACCACUGAGACCAUCAUCUCUGGAGUUGCGACAGUGAAGACGAACUUUGAGGCGACCGAGGUGAGCUCUGAAGGAGGGAAUGGUUGCAAGUGUGGAUCAAACUGCAGCUGCGAUCCAUGCAACUGUUAGCCGAAGAAACAUGCCAAAGACAAAGCAGCAAUGUCCUGUAAUAAUUAAAGAUUAAGGAGACGCACAGAAAAGAAGAGAAAAAAGGGUUUGAUAGGGUCUCUGUGUGUCUUCGUCUAAUAGUGCUUGUCCUAAAUAAAACAGCCAGGGCAUUUGGCAAUUCCUUUUCCAAGGAUUUGCUGCUGCUUCGUGGCUAGUUUGGUCUUUGUUUAAAUUGUAUAACUAGUCGCUGCAUUUGUCUGUAUGGAGUCUUGUGUAAAAGUGGAAGCCCGGAAGGGGGGAGCUUCAGCCUCCUGGAGUGAAUGAAUCAUUAAUGAAUGCAUCUAGCUCCUUUCAUUUGUGUUGUCAAA